UGCUAGUUGCUAGUUUGCCUUACCGCAUUACCUCAUUGUCACUCUGAGAGUCAGACGUCUGACAAAUACGAAAAAAUUAAACGUAGACAAAAAGAAAACGUGAAUAUUUGAUAUAAUUUAGCAAAAGGCAGCCAAUCAAAAUGGAGUCGGCAAUGAAAAGUCUCGAGGAGAAGAUGAAAAAUUUAACUACGUUUUCAAAACCAGAAGAUAAUGACGCCGAUUUCACCGACGAGGAGAGAAAGACGAUUACAGAGCUAAAGCAACUCUACCUAGAGACUCUUAAACUAGAUGUAACCAUGCAGCGUGACAUCUACAAGAUGGAGAAGAGCUACGAGGAUCGCCACAACACCAUUUACGAGAAGCGCAAGAAGAUCCUAGAUGAAUUUAGAAAACAAAACCACGGCGACUCAAAUGAAAACGUAAAAAACUUUUGGCUUAACGUACUCAAGGUCGCGUGCAAAGAGUUGAUAAACAAGAAUGACGAGGAGAUUUUGGCAUUUUUGUCCGACGUUCGAUCCCACCUUUAUGUGGAUGAUAUUGUGAAGUUCGACAUAGACUUCCAUUUCGAUAAGAACGAAUAUUUCAGCAAUAAAGUUCUGAAAAAGACGUACUUCUUCAACUGCCUGCCGGACCCGAAAGAUCCCCUAUUGUUUGACGGCGCAGAGAUUUUUAAGUGCGAAGGAUGCACCAUUGAUUGGAAGACACCAAAAAGCCGCGUUAAGAAUAGCGAACCAUCUUUCUUUGACUUCUUCUCCCCUCCCACUUUGCCGGAGGACACCGAUGAUGACCAUUAUAUCGACAUACACACCAUACUGAACAAUGACUUUGAGAUGGGUUUCUAUCUGAAGGAACGCGUGAUCCCCAAAGCGGUGAUUUUCUUCACUGGCGAGAUCGUCGACUGUCAGAGCACCAGCGAAUCAGAUGAAGAUUCAGAUACCGAUGAGGAAGAGGCAUCUUGCAACGCCACUGGCCAGUGAACUGCAAACAUUUUUACACUUUUUAUCUUCCCACAGAGCCACUGAAAACGUAAUUGGUCUGUCCUUACAUUAUACAGAGCUGCCAAAUAAACAUUUCAUUGUACGUA